AUGCCGUCCCCAAUCAGCCCCUGCCCUGCACCGAAGAAGGAGAAGGCCCUAACGGCGUCGUCGAAGCCGGCCAAGUCUGGCGACGGCAAGCAGAAGAAGAAGAAGUGGAGCAAGGGCAAGAAAAAGGAGAAGGUGAACAAGGCGGUGCUCUUCGACCAGGCCACCUACGACAAGCUGCUCACCAAGGUGCACAAGUACAAGCAGAUCACGCCCUCCGUCCUCUCCAAGCGCCUCAGGUGCUAA